AUCGGACAGCCCUGUCCGAGGGAAUAACCUCUCGCGUGAUGUGUGCAGGCUUACAUCUGCCCUCAUGGCUUGCAUCUGCCCUAGCCUAACAUAUAUAUAAAGAGGGAUUAGGUCGCCAAAAUGGCAGGAAACCUCCGAGCUCCUCAGUGGAUCCUCCGCUUCGAUUACAUUUAUGUCACCAAGUCGAUUCGCGUCUCGCCGGAACUCCAGCUUUGAGACAGAAAGAUGCCAGGGAGAAAAGCGACCACGCUCUGGACGGGGCUCUGCGUCCUCCUGGUCGUCACCGGGCCGCGCUCGGUCGCGUCCAAGAGAUUCACCCGGUGCGAGCUGGCUCAGAAGCUGGCCGGGCUCGGCUUUCCCCGAUACCAGCUCGGCGACUGGGUGUGCCUCGCGGAGAACGAGAGCGCCCUGGACAGCUCCGUCCGCGGUCCCGUCAAUUGGGACGGAUCUUACGAUUACGGCAUCUUCCAGAUCAACAACAGAUACUGGUGCUACCCGAACGCACCGGCCGGCUGCCGCGUCCCCUGCCAAUCUCUGCUGAACGACGACAUCACGGACGACGCUCAGUGCGUGAGGAUGAUCUUCGACGAGUUCCAGCGGCUGAAAGGGAACGGAUUCCUCGCCUGGGAGGCAUGGAAAUCCAAAUGCCAAGGAAGGGAUACUGCAUCCUACGUGAAGGGAUGCGGGGUCUAGAUUCCAUUCCGGCCGAUUUUCAGCGAACUUCAUGGAGCCUCGAGAAUAAAAUCGU